AUGAAGUUCCAGGCCACCACGAUUUGCUGUUAUGUGCUUUUUCUGGUCAUAGAGUGUUUCCACUCUAGAUCCAGGAUUCACAUUAAAGAUGGAGAUAAACCUCAGAGCCCUGCAGGGAAACCCAAGACUGGACAGAUAGAAGAGAAAUGCCAGGGGCUGUGCGUCGCUUCCUCCAGCUGCAGCCAGCCCUGCGCUAAGCCUUUCCGUGGAGAAAUCGGCUAUGUGUGUCACCAAAAAAAGUGGCAAAAGUCGACGGAAACAUGUACGAGCCUUUCUGUGGAGACACUUUUCAAGGAUUCAGACGCUGCUUCACGCCUUUCCUUAGCGUCGGCUUCAAUCCCUCUGCAAAUUCUUGACCUGCAAGCUCCAGAGCCCAUGGAGAGCGUCACUCAAGGGAUCCGAAGGCACUGUCCCGUUGACUUUGCCUGCAUCAUUAAUCCUGUGAAGUCAUCCGAAGUCACAUCCGGAAAUAUUGCAUUUGUAGUGGAGUUAUUAAGAAACAUUUCUACACAGCUGUCGGAGAAAGUGACUCAAGAGAAAAUGAAGAGCUACAGUAAAGUGGCCAACCACAUCCUCCAUCCAGCAGCUCUUUCGAAUUGGACUUUUGUUCCUGACAGGAAAGCCAGCUCAGACUUAUUGCACUCGGUGAACUCCUUUGCCAGGCAGCUCCACAUCCACAAUGAGUCUGAGGCCAUUGUGGAUGAGCUCUUCAUUCAGACCAAAGCCUUUCCCAUCCAUCACAACACCUCGGGGAGGCGUCUCCAUUUCUCCAUCAGCAUGAAUAAUAGCACAGAAGGGAUCUCAGGAAUGGUAGAAAUUCCCCAGCAGGAGCUUCAGAAACUGACAAAUGUGUCCCAAGCCAUCGGUAUAGCCUUCCCCACGCUGGGAGCCAUUCUGAAAGAGACCCGUUCACCCAAUGGGAGUCUGUCCAGAAUCCCCAAUGGUCUGGUUCUGUCAGUCAUGUUGCCAGAAAGGCUGAGAGAAAUCUUCCUCACCUUUGAGAAAAUCAACAAAUCUCAGAAUGCCAGAGCACAGUGUGUCGGCUGGCACUCCAGGAAAAGUGUGUGGGAUACGACAGUGUGUAAGACCACGUUAGAUGCCAGGAGUGUGGUGCAAUGCCGCUGUAACUGCACCAGCACAAUGAAGUCAUUUUCCAUUCUGAUGUCUCCACGGUUAAUGGAGGACAGAGUCCUGGACUAUGUCACUUGUGUAGGGCUCAGCAUCUCCAUCCUCAGCCUGCUUCUCUGCCUGAUCAUUGAAGCCAUGGUUUGGCCCCGGGUAGCUGUGACAGAGAUGUCACACAUGCGGCACGUGUGCCUCGUGAACAUAGCCAUGUCCCUUCUGGCUGCCAACCUGUGGUUCAUCAUUGGCUCCAACUUUGACAUCAAGGACAAGAGCUAUAACUGGUGUGUGGCUGUGACCUUCUUCAGCCACUUUCUCUACCUCUCUCUGUUCUUCUGGAUGCUCUUCAAGGCACUGCUCAUCCUCUAUGGGAUACUGGUGGUUUUCCGGAGAAUGAUGAAGUCCCGUAUGAUAGCCAUUGGCUUUGCUGUUGGCUACGGGUGCCCCUUGGUCAUCGCAGCCACCACGGUAGCCAUCACAGAGCCAGCAAAAAGCUACAUGAGACAGGACGUGUGCUGGCUGAACUGGGAUGUGAGCAAAGCCCUGUUUGCAUUUGCGAUCCCAGCCUUGGUCAUCGUAGCCAUCAAUCUCGCUGUGGUCAUUGUUGUUGCUUUCAAUACCCAGAGGCCUUUUAUCGGCAGUUCCAACUCCCAGGAUGUGGCCAUUAUUAUGAGGAUCAGCAAAAAUGUCGUAAUCCUCACCCCGCUUCUGGGGCUGACUUGGGGGUUUGGGAUCGCUACGCUUAUCGAAGGCACGUCUGUGAUUUUCCACAUCAUUUUUGCUUUGCUCAACGCUUUCCAGGGUUUCUUCAUCUUGCUGUUUGGAACCAUCAUGGACCACAAGAUCAGACAUGCCUUGAGGAUGCGUGUUUCUUCACUGAGGGGGAGUGCAGGGCAGCAGAGAAUGCGCCAUUAA